CAGAAAACUUCCCAGCUAAGCAACACUUCACACAACUCGACAUCCUUCAUUGUGACGAACACAGAAGCUAAGGAAAACUAAAAGAAGACAGUUAUUUCACAUUUGGCUGCCAGCUUUUUAUCUUUCUCUUGACCAUCUUGGGACUGUAGACUGCUGCCUUCCCAGUAUCAUGGAGAAAGUCCAGUACCUCACUCGCUCUGCUAUAAGAAGAGCCUCUACUAUUGAAAUGCCCCAACAAGCACGUCAAAACCUCCAGAACCUAUUUGUCAAUUUCUGUCUCAUCUUAAUAUGUCUCCUGCUAAUCUGCAUCAUCGUGAUGCUUCUCUGAAGUUCUGCUGCAGACUCAAGACAUGCAACUUGCCACAUCAUCUUAAAAUCUGCCAUCCCAUGAAGAGGGGAAAACACCAAAGCAUACUUCCCAAGUAGAAAAAUUUCCUUGU